AUGAAGAUCUCUCUUCUACAGCAGAUGUAUAAGGACGUACUGGUAGGCAUCCCACUAGCAAAGGAAAGCCAUCAUUAUACCUCUUUACUUAAUCUGUGUGUUGAACAGUCACCAGAAAGAGAUGAAUCAUGUAAUCGGAUGCAUCUGCCAUCUACUAAUGGUGGUAUUAGGAGCCGUCAGGAUCAGGACACUGAUAUGUCAGAUGUCCCUACAACAGAUGAUACAUCAAAUAGCUUUGGAAGCAUGAAUUCCUCAUUCUGUCCACGAGAAGUGAUGCUGCUUCAGUUAACCUUGAUCAAGAUGAUGGUUGCUAAAGCACAGUCCCAGGAAAUUGAAUUCAAUAUGAGACAGAAGUACUGUGAGAUCUUUGUCCUUCUUCUGAAGGAGGCAAAAAUUGACUCAAAAUUGAUUUGUCUGCUUGGUAGUUACGAUCAACUGUUAUCUCACAUGGCUUCAAAAAGUUUAGCAUCCCUUGUGUAUUUCCAGCUGAAGGAAGAGAACACAUUAAAUGUCACCUGGCUCACCUUUAGUUUGAAGACUCUUUCAGGAUUCCCUGUGAAUACCCACGUAGCAGAAUGUCUGUGGACUCUUACAAGUAUUAUCAAGGACAUACUGAAAGAUAAAGUUUUGUCCAAAGCAGGUAUUUUGAAGAAGUUGUUGGCUCCUCUCGAUGCUGUGCUUGAAGGAUUUUAUAAUUCCAUUCUGUUCCAUCAUUUUGACAGUCACCACUAUACUUCACCUUACUCUGAAGCUGCAAACAAUUUGAUCAGUUUUAUAGAUCUGCUUGAAGCACUUUUGGCUUCCAGAAUUGAAUUAGAACUACCGCUUAGAUGCCAGAGAGUAUUGUUUUUGAAAGUUUCUUAUGUCCUGAACCUCAUUAGCUCAUCGAUUCACUAUUUAAUCAAGAAGUUGUUCAUUAUGCUCCUUAAAAAAUGUAUCCUUUGCAAGUCUGAAAGUGGAUCCCUGUUCUUACAAAACCCAUCUUUGUAUGAGGAUAUGCUUGCACUGAGUAGUGCUAUUCUGCAGGUUGUGAAUUUGACUUGGCUUAAUGAGAUCCCGCUCAGUGGAAAGGCCAGCUACUUUGGAGGCAGUGAAGCUCCUCCUGGUGAUGAUACUCAAGGUGGUUCUGACCAAACUGUUCUCAGAGCCUUAAGUCUGGUUGUGCUUAAAGCACUGGAAUUCAAGUUUCAGAACUCUGCUACAGAAGCUGAAAUCAAAGGAGACUUUCAGAGUUUCAUGUCCCAGCUGUUGAUAUUCUGGAGGAGUCAUCUGAAGUCUUCCCCACAGUCUCACCCAGUUGUACAUCACUGUGAAUGGCUAUCCUUGAUUUUCAUAGAGCAAGAUGAUGAUAUGUGGGAAGCUGCUAAAGCUUUAUUACUCAUUUAUUUAAAAUUUGAUAGGUUACGGCAUGAUGCUGCUGAUAACUUAAGCCAAAAAGAGGAGGAAACCUGGAACUUCCUUACGCAUGCAAGUGGAUAUAAUCCCCACUGUAUCUUUUUAUUUUUUCUAGAAAAAAUCGCAUUUGAUUCCACAGUACUUCUAGAUUUUUUGAUUUCAUCAGAAACUUGCUUUCUCGAGUACUUGGUAAGGUACUUAAAGCUUCUUAGAAAAGACUGGCAUCAGUUUGUAGAUGUCUGUAACAAUUUUGAUACCAAACAUGGCACUUUUCAAUCAAUUUCUUCUGUCAAGCCACCCCAUCAAGAAAAACAAAGCUGUAUGACUGAUGAGAGUUUGCAAAUUGCUUGUUGUGAACCAGAACCUCAGACUCUGAUAUCUUUGGCGGAUUCUCACAAUUACUUAGUGUUUACAACAGAGCAAGGUGAUAAUGAAGUUGCAGAGUCUAACCAGUCUAACUCAUUGGUAUGCACUGAUAGUACAUCUCUGCUGGGUUCUCUUCAAAGCCUUGUUAAUUAUGACAGCUCGGAAGACUCUGAAUUAGAAUCAGAUGGAAAAGAGUGCUUGGUAAACACAAAGCAGGUGCCUUUAAAUAAAGAGGUUGAGACAAGGAUAAGGGAAACUGGUUGCAGCUACACAGGUGAUAAACGGAAUACACUCAAGUCUGAAGUGUUGCCUCUGAAACAAAAGGAAUCUAAUACCUCAUCCUGUUUGACUUGUAUGGCGUCUUCGGAUAACAUCAUUCCCCUAAGAAUAAUGCUUUACAAAUGCACCAAAUGUCUGGAAGAACUGCAAAAAGCUAUUUCUAGGUUGCAGAGAAGAAAUCUUUUCCCAUAUAAUCCAUCUGCGUUGUUGAAACUACUGAGCCACAUUGAGAAGAUCAGUAAGAACAUGAAUCCACAGUAA